UGUAGGUCUCACCACCAUCUUCUGCAUCAAUCCCUUUUCUAAAAUGACACUUUAAAGCUACAAAUAGAAAGCUAUCACUCAAAGGUGCUUUUCUCCAUUUGUGGAAGAAGACAUGUUGAAGAUCCCAGAUCAUCAAGUUGCUGGUCACCAAGCUUGCGAUGGAUUGCUGGGUCCUCUUGUCGACGAUUCAGGUCGUUUCUACAAGCCACUUCAAAGCGACCAUCGUGGAUCUAACGAGAUGACAUUUUACACUUCAUUCUCCUCAAAUGAAAAUAUUCCAACCCAUAUCCGCAACUUCUUCCCUCACUUCUACGGAACCCAGAAUUUACAGUCCUCAGAUGGAUCUGGUUUGCGUCCUCAUCUUGUUUUGGAAAAUCUCGUCUCCUCCUAUACCAACCCAUCUAUAAUGGAUGUCAAGAUUGGUGCCAGGACAUGGCCUCCUGAUUCAUCAGAGGACUACAUAGCAAAAUGCUUCAACAAAGACAGAAUAACAACAUCUGUUUCUUUGGGAUUUAGGGUUUCAGGAUUUCAUAUAUACAAUUACAACAAAUUGGAGUUCUGGAAACCUGACAAGAAAUGGGUUCAAAGUUUUUCUCAUGAUGAUGUAAGGCUGGUAUUGAGAAAAUUUGUUUCAUCAAACGCUUGUGAAGAUCCAGAUUCAAGGCCUGAUUCUGCUUUUGCAUCGGAGGUGUAUGGUGGAUCUAAAGGGAUAUUGGCACAACUUUUGGAGCUGAAAGAAUGGCUUCAAGAUCAAAGUAUGUAUCAUUUCUAUUCUUGUUCUGUGAUUAUGAUUUACAGUAAGGAAUUAGGUGGUGCAGUGAUCAAGCUUGUUGAUUUUGCACAUGUGGUGGAAGGGAAAGGUGUUAUUGAUCAUAAUUUCUUAGGUGGGAUUUGCUCUUUGAUUAAGUUCAUAUCAGAUGUACUAAUCAGCAGUCCAGAAGAAGAAGAACAACAAUGCCCACCCAUAUCCUAGCUAGUUGCUAUCAUCAAUCUUUCUUUUCAUCUCACUGCUUGAUCUAAGUUUGCUACAGUUUUAGUAAUUUCAUUUUCAUGUCUAUUUAUGUAUAAUAAUCAUACUAAAUGAAGGCUUUACAAAGAUUGCUCUU